AUGUCGUACGUGCCGGCGGAGUCGAGCACGCGAACCAGCCCCCGCAGCUCCCCGCAGCCGUCGCCGGUGGCCUCGCCGGGGCUGAGCAGACACCGGGCGGCCCCUCCCGGCGCGCCCCACAAGCGGGACUUCGAGGCCAAGCUGAGGAAUUUCUACAGGAAGUUGGAGGGCAAGGGAUUGCACAUCCGAAGGGACCGUCUUCUCGAGGACGCCUUCCGGCGCAUCAUGUCCGCGAAUAAGAAGGAGCUGCAGAAGGGCAAGCUGUGCGUCGUUUGGGACGACGAGGAGGGUUUGGACUAUGGCGGCCCUUCCAGGGAGUUCUUCUUCCUUCUGUCCAGGGAGCUGUUCAAUCCCUAUUACGGGCUGUUCGAGUACUCGGCUAAUGAUACGUAUACGGUGCAGAUAUCGCCGAUGUCUGCCUUCGUCGACAACUACCACGAUUGGUUCCGAUUCAGCGGCCGCGUCCUGGGCCUCGCCCUCGUUCACCAAUACCUGCUCGACACCUUCUUCACCCGUCCCUUCUACAAGGCUCUCUUGCGCCUACCGGUGGCCCUCUCAGACCUCGAGAGCCUCGACUUCGAGUUCCACCAGUCGCUGCAGUGGAUCAGGGAGCACGACGUGUCGACUCAGGGAGAGCUUGAGCUGACUUUUGCGGUCACGGAGGAGGUGUUCGGGCAGCGCGGAGUGUCCGAGCAGACGGAAUCCCUGGUUCGGGGUUUCUACGAGGUGGUGGAGGCGCGACUGGUGGGCGCUUUCGACGCCAGAGAGCUGGAGCUGGUGAUCGCCGGCACGGCCGAGAUCGACCUGGUCGAUUGGCGGCACAACGCCGAGUACCGUGGCGGUUUCACCAAUGAACAGCGCCUGCGCCUCCUCCAAUUCGUCACCGGCACGUCGAGCAUCCCGUUCGAGGGCUUCGCGGCGCUGCGCGGCUCCAUCGGCCCGCGCAAGUUCUGCGUGGAGAAGUGGGGCAAGCCGAACAGCCUGCCCCGAGCGCACACCUGCUUCAACCGGCUGGACCUGCCGCCCUAUCCUACCGGCGAGGUGCUCUACGAGAAGCUGUUGUUGGCUGUAGAAGAAACCAACACUUUUGGUAUUGAGUAA